GGCACACAAUUAUACGAGAAGAGGACAAACGCGAAUCACACCACCUGUUUUCCUCAUCGUACGUUCUCUCUCUCAUCCUCUCGUUUAUAAUCCAAUCACCACUUCCCCCGCCCCACACAAUCAUUUAUCACACUCUCCCCAAACUACCAAAAGAAAAAACUCCACCGCCGAACUUCCGCUCCUCCCUCCACCGUCAUGGCGGCGACGAUGACGAUGAAAAUGAUGACCAUAUCCCCCUUUCCCGGCCGCGGCCGCAGGCCCCCUCCGCCGUCAUCAUCCGUACCCGGUUCCACCUCCACCUCCAUCUCCACGUCCACCACCACCGCCGCGCCGCCGCCGCAGCCGCAGCCGAUCCCGGGGUCGCACGGGUGGCCGAUAGUGGGGCCGAUGACGGACAGGCUGGACUACUUCUGGUUCCAAGGGCCCGACGAGUUCUUCAGGAAGCGGAUGGAGAAGUACGGGUCGGCGGUGUUCCGUACGAACGUGCCGCCGAGCUUCCCGUUCUUCGGCGGCGGGGUGAACCCGAACGUGGUGGCGGUGCUGGACUGCAAGUCGUUCGCCCACAUGUUCGACGCGGAGGUCGCCGACAAGAGGGACGUCCUCGUCGGCGACUUCAUGCCCAGCGUGGCCUUCACCGGCAACGUCAGGACCUGCGCCUAUCUCGACACUUCCGAGCCCAAGCACGCUCAGAUAAAAAAGUUUGCGAUGGACAUCCUGAAGCGGAGCUCCAAGGUGUGGAUAUCCGAGCUGCAGUCCAACCUGGACGAGAUGUGGACGACGGUGGAAGCCGACUUGUCAUCCAAGGGCACCGCCAGCUUCUUCCUCCCGCUCCAGCAGUGCCUCUUCAAGUUCCUCACCAAGUCCAUCGUCGGCGCUGACGUGUCGGCGUCGCCGGACAUCGCCAAGUCGGGGCCCACCAUCAUCGGCGCCUGGCUCGCCUUCCAGCUCCUCCCUACAGUCAGCAUCAACGUCGUCCAGCCACUGGAGGAAAUUUUCCUCCACUCCUUUCGUUACCCUUCUUUCCUCGUCAGCGGCGGUUACAACAAGCUCGCGGAUUUCAUCAAGUCACAAGGACAAGAGGUGGUCCAACUCGGCGUGACUCAAUACGGACUCAGCGAGGACGAAGUGGUUCACAACUUGCUCUUCAUCCUGGGCUUUAACGCCUUCGGUGGCUUCUCCGUCUUUCUUCCCAGUCUAUUCGGCCGGUUACUCAGCGAUAAAACCGGUUUACAAGACCGGCUCCGAGUCGAGGCCAGGGAAAAUGGAGGACCAAACCUAACAUUCGACUCGGUCAAGCAAAUGCCCCUCGUCCAAUCCGUCGUCUACGAGACCCUCCGGCUCAGCCCGCCGGUCCCGACCCAGUUCGCCCGAGCCAGGAAGGACUUCACGCUCAGCUCGAACGACGCAUCGUACGAGAUCAAGAAGGGCGAGCUGUUGUGCGGGUUCCAGCCGCUGGUGAUGCGGGACCCGACGGUCUUCGACGACCCGGAGACGUUCAAACCGGACCGGUUCGUGGGCGAGAAGGGGGCCGAGCUGCUGAACUACCUGUACUGGUCGAACGGUCCGCAGAGCGGUUCGCCCAGCGAGCACAACAAGCAGUGCGCGGGGAAAGACUACGUGACGCUCACGGCGGCGCUGAUCGUGGCGCACAUGUUGCGGCGGUACGAUUCGGUCGGUGGGGAAGGUUUGAAUAUCACGGCGCCACUUGAAAAGGCCAAGUGACGGUGGACGGGGGUAUUGAUCAAUAUCCACGGUUGUGAUUGGAUGCAGUAAGAUGGGUGCAGGGAGAAUAUUGUGUAUGUAAAGGAAAUAAACCUGAACUGCUAGGCUGGUAUGGUUUGAGUAUGCAAUAAUGAAAGCCGUACGUAUACGGUAUACAUAUGCUGAAUUAGUAGGGGCAGUGGCGUAGCCAUAUUUUAAACCGAUGGAGGUCCUUACAAAAAUAAUAAUACUAAAAUCUAUUUAUCUAUUGAAGUUUGAGUUUAUUCAAGUUCUUAAAUACAACCAGUACUCGCAAGAUUAUUGGGUCCAAGUCUGAACCAUCAUUGC